UUUUAUAUUAUUAUUUUUUGAAUUUAUUAAAGAUUUUUGUACCAUUCUAUAAAUUACUUUUUCACUUUCUCUCAUAUCAAUAACAUUAAUCGAAUUUUCUUUGUCUAUUUUCGUUAAUAUUUCACUAGUAAUUUUAAUUUUACAUCUAUUCAACCAAUUUUUUGCUAUUUUAGAAACACGUGCUAUGCACCUUAUUAAUCUGAGCCAGUUACUCCAAUCAUUUAUUUCAAUAAAAUUUUCAUCCUUGAAAUUAUUAGCGCAAAUAUUGAUUCCUGCCGUUCUCUCUUCUAACUCAUUCUCACUUUUCUCUUCAUUGAUUUGGAAAUUAAGUUCACUUGGCCAGUUUUCUUUUGGUCCUUCCAGCCAAACAGGGCCAUACCACCACUGUUUAUUUGCUCGUAACUCUAAUGGCGUACAGCCUCUAGUCCCUAUGUCUGCCGGAUUACCUUCAGUAGGAACGUAA